AUGACUUUAUUCAAUUACUGCCACCAGAACGAUGGACAAAUACCUGAAAGCCAACCUCAAAAUCAAGACCAAAACAGGAACCCGCCACCACAUCCAAUUACUGUACCGGCACAAGUAACUCUGCGCACUCCUGGCCACCCAACAGUAUUUACACGUGAAGAAGAGGUCAUGCUGUGUGAAAAUUUAGCAACUGUGGGUGAUUGGGGGUUUCCAGUAUCUGGAUUUCAACUCCAGUGUAUCAUUGAAGCCUACCUCAACUCAAUUGGCCGAGAAGUUCCCUGCUUUAAAAACGGUACAAGACCAGGACCUGACUGGGUGAGUUCUUUUUUAAAGAGAAAUAGUGCCACUUUGAAGGCUCGUAACUGCACAAACAUAAAAAAAACCCGAGCAGCCGUAUCUCGGGAUGUAAUCGAAGAAUACUUUAAGAAUCUGGGCAAAGUUGUUCCUAACAUUCCACCAGGAAACAUCGUUAAUUAUGAUGAAACCAACUUCAGCGAUGAUCCUAAAUGUAGCAAAAUGAUAUAUAGACGCAAAGUUAAAAGAGCUGAACGUAUAAUAAAUUUUACCAAAACAGCUUUUUCAGUGAUGUUUGCAGUAACUGACGGGGGAGACGACUUACCAGUCUAUGUGGUAUACAAAGGUCAGCAUAAGUGGUCAACUUGGACUAAAAAUGGUCCAAAGUAUGCUCGAUACAACUCCACAAAGAGUGGAUGGUUCGACGAAGAAACCUUCCAUGAAUGGUUCACAACAAUUGUCCUGCCAUGGGCUGAAUCCCGUGAGGGAAUCAAGAUGUUGAUUGGGGACAACUUGAGCUCGCACUUUUGCCCCGAUGUCAUAAAAAAGUGUGAGGAAUAUGAUAUUCACUUUGUUUGUUUGCCGAAAAAUAGCACUCAUCUAACGCAGCCGCUAGAUGUAGCUGUUUUUGCACCUAUGAAGCGAGUAUGGCGAACUGUCCUACUAGAGUGGAAGUCAAGAGAAGGGAAAUCCUUGACAAGUUUGCCUAAGGACCAAUUCCCGGGGUUGCUAAAAAAAUGCUCAAAAAAAUGGAACCUACCUUAA